UUCCCGCCGACCCUGAGCCCUCCCAACACUGGAGCGUCCGAAGGGUCACCAGGCCGGGUCGCGGGCAGCCCCUGUGGAGCGACCAGGGCCUUGCUUCAAGGCCGGGGCAGCACUCUGAAUUUUCUAAGACACCUCUGUUGCUUUGUGAGUAAUCAGAAAUGCAAAUAGCCCCUCAAGAAUCAAGUUAAAUUUAAAGAAGACUUACUUAGAAACAUUGGACAGUGUAUCAUGGAGUGCAAGAUUGGGGGAAAAGAAAAAUACCAACAUAGUUUGAAUUUACUGAAUAAAGUUAAGAACAUGAAAGAAUUAGCAGAAAUGAUUGAUGUAAUACUCAUAGCAGAAGGAGAGAAAUUUCCUUGCCACAGACUGGUCCUGGCUGCUUUUAGUCCUUAUUUCAAAGCUAUGUUUACCUGUGGACUACUUGAAUGUACUCAAAGGGAAGUCAUACUUUAUGACAUCACAGCAGAAGGUGUGUCAGUUAUAUUAAAUUACAUGUAUAAUGCAGUGUUGGAGAUCAAUAAUGCCAAUGUGCAGACUGUAACUAUGGCUGCCUAUUUUAUGCAGAUAGAAGAAGUCUUUAGUGUGUGUCAAAAAUAUAUGAUGGACCACAUGGAUGCCUCCAACUGUGUAGGUAUCCAUUAUUUUGCAAAGCAGAUUGGAGCUGAAGAUUUAUCUGAUCAAUCAAAGAAAUAUUUAUAUCAGCACUUUGCUGAGGUGAGCUUACAUGAAGAAAUACUAGAAAUUGAAGUGCACCAAUUUCUGAUGCUUAUUAAAUCAGAUGACCUUAACAUAUCCAGAGAGGAGAGCAUUCUGGACUUAGUUCUGAGAUGGGUAAAUCAUAACCAAGAAUCGCGCAAAGAGCACCUUGCUGAGCUUUUGAAACAAGUCAGAUUGGAACUUAUAAAUCCUUCUUUUUUAAGACAAGCCUUAAAAAGGAACACAAUGCUUCUAUGUGAUGCAAAUUGCAUUGAUAUAAUUCAAAACACAUUCAAAGGCUUCAAGACACCCCAACAACACCCUCUAAAUCUUCGUUAUGGCAUGGAGACUACUAGUCUUUUGCUUUGCAUUGGCACCAAUUCUUCAGGAAUCAGGUCAAGACAUAGGAACUAUGGGGAUGCCAGUUUUUGUUAUGACCCUGCAUCACAGAAGACCUACUUUAUCUCGUCUCCCAAGUAUGGGGAGGGUUUAGGAACCGUGUGUGCUGGUGUUGUCAUGGAAAACAAUGCUAUAAUUGUGGCUGGAGAAGCAAGUGCCUCUAAACUCUCCAGACAAAAGAACAAGAAUGUUGAAAUCUAUAGGUAUCAUGAUAGAGGAAACCAGUCUUGGGAAAAGUUAUGCACAACUGAAUUUCGAGAGCUCUAUGCUCUGGGCAGUGUCCAUAACGACCUCUAUGUUAUAGGAGGACAGAUGAAAAUUAAAAACCAGUAUCUUAUUACAAACUGUGUUGAUAAGUACUCUGUAGAAUGGGACAAUUGGAAAAGAGUGUCUCCCCUCCCACUACAAUUGGCGUGUCAUGCUGUAGUGACAGUGAAUAAUAAACUUCAUGUGAUUGGAGGCUGGACCCCUCAGAUGGAUCUUCCUGAUGAAGAACCUGAUCGAUUAAGCAACAAACUGUUGCAGUAUGACCCCAGCCAAGAUCAAUGGACAGAGCGGGCGCCUAUGAAGUACUCUAAGUACCGAUUCAGCACAGCUGUAGUCAACAAUGAGAUUUAUGUUUUGGGUGGAAUUGGCUGCAUGGGUCGAGACAAGGGCCAGGUUCGAAAGUGCCUUGAUGUGGUGGAAAUCUAUAACCCUGAUGGGGACUUUUGGAGAGAGGGCCCACCUAUGCCAAGUCCCCUGCUGUCUCUUCGAACCAAUUCUACCAAUGCAGGAGCAGUGGAUGGGAAGCUAUAUGUCUGCGGAGGAUUCCAUGGAGCAGAUCGCCAUGAAGUUAUUUCCAAAGAAAUAUUUGAGCUGGACCCAUGGGAAAACCAGUGGAAUGUUGUAGCCAUCGAUGUCCUCAUGCAUGACAGCUAUGAUGUCUGCCUGGUGGCCAGGAUGAAUCCCCGAGACCUCAUCCCCCCACCUUUAGAUUUGGUGAAAGAAGGCAAGGAGCACUGAGAUCAGCAUUGCUAUAGGACCUCCCAUUGUGUCUGUAAAGGAGGCAUUAGGGAUGGAGAGACCCCAUGGGUAUCUGUCAGUCACCCAUACAUGUGUUCUGCAUGCAUAGUGGCCCAUGUGAAAAGCAGUGUGUGCUGGGUGCUGCAAGGGUAGUGUGCAGAGUCCACUCUCAGGGACCUCCACUCAGUUAGGGUGGACAAGACACAACAAGGCCAAAUGUGGUGAUGGCACAAGGGAGUACAAGGUGAGUGCCACAGGAGUGCAGGAGAUAGAGGGACCUCACACUGCUGGGAACUCAAAAAUAGUAUUGCCAAGAAACAGGCCUUCUAUCAGGCCUUCAAAGAAUGAGGAGGAAGUUGUCCCAUGGGUACAAUUGAUGGUGAGAUCAUGGAAACAGCUGAGUGAAGGCCAGAGGUGGGCCACAUUGCCUGGGCCACUGGCUUUGCUAUAGAGGCUAGAAAACUAGGUUGUAGCUAAAUGACAUACACUUGGAAAAUAGGACUUUGGGCCUAGUCUGAGCAGGGGAAUGAUUUCAAAAUAGUGGUGCAAAAGGAAGACUUAUCUUUGUGCUUUGUUCUGGCUUCAGUGUUAUAAAGACUGUUUGUUCUCAUUCAGAAUACUCAUCUGCUGCAGCAACAUUGCCCAAAACAGGGAUAGCUGUGGACUACAAGUUUGUAACAGCCCGGGCACUCAGUCCAACCACAGUGAGCAAAGGAAUUUCACCCCGGGCUGGGUCUGUGUCAGCGAAGGAGAUGCGAGGUUCUGUAGCCAUGGUCCACUCUGGGGCUUGUAUAGAGUUUUCUGGACUAGACUUACCAAGAUGCCCUUGACCAGCUCACACACACACAUGGUCUUCUAAAGGCUGGCCCUGGCUGAAUGCAGCUGGCUUAUACCACCCAACCCGGGUAGAGACCAGGAUCUGGAGUAAAGGAGAGAGAAAGCACACCCCUUUGGUGGCCAACUGCUCUCUUGGACCGAGCUUUUGCAAUAUCUUCCCCAAGGUUGGAGGGGAAGGAUAGAGCCUCCUGCUUCAGCCCACAGUUGAGCAUUACCAGAAAACAGCCACUCCCAAAAUAUAUUUUAGGGAUGACAUUUAAACACCGAGGAAAUCCAUCUAUUUUACUUAACAUUUCUACUUCUGGAAGCAAGUAUAUUUAAAAAAAUGCAUUUUGAUAGCUGUUAUUCAACAACUUCUCAAGAGUUUUACCUUACACAAGGCUCUCUUUAAAGCAGGAGUGGUCAGUAAAUUCCCUAGAACUUUACCAAAGAGAGACAAUCCUAGAUUGAGACAGCUUUUCUUUGCUGCAGACUUGUGUGACUGUGAUGACUGCCAGCCCAGGUUCCAGUUACUAACCCAAGCACGAAAGACAGGUCCAUAGAAAUAAGCCAGUUGGAAACCUGCUUCUGCCACCCUGAAAGGGAGUCCAGUUAGACCCAAGGAAUGUUGUCCCCUAGUAGGCUAACAGGGCAGGGACCACAUCUAUCUCAUUGCAGUUGUACCCAAGUGCCCACUAUGAUACCUAGCACAUGAAUGGCUCUUCGGGUGGCCAGUACAGAGUAGCAUUUCUCAGUCUGAGGGUUUGCUCUCCAUGCAUGUCCAGGGACCUGAAUUAAAAUGAGUUAAUUCUUCUCCCUGGUUGAGGGUCCUAAUCUCUGGAUUCUUUUUCUUACUGCAAAGGCAGAGCAGUUCCUCUAAGCAAUCUGUGCUGGUUGUGGUAUCUGUGGUUGAGGAGAGCCACUACAGAUCUCUGCUUCACUGAUCUCCUCUUAACAGAACCCCUGCACCUGCUCCACCUACUUGAACAUACUAGAAGAUGCCACAUUUCCCUGAAUGAAGGAGGCCUUGUCGGCAUGUCAUGAUACAUUACUAGAUGCAUUGGGUUUCAGGUCGAGGCUCUAGUCCCAACUCCACUACUUAGCUAGCUGUGUGAUCUUGGGCAAGAUAACCUUUCUAAAGUCUUAUUUUCCUCAUAUACAGAAUGGGAAAAGAAAAAAUAUAAAGAGAGGUUACAGUCAAAAUGGAAGAAUAGGUAAAUGCUAUGUUAA